AUGACCGAGGAACCUGGCUUUAAAGGCAAAUCGCUCAAGAGAAAGAAUGUUAAGGGGCUAAAGCUCGGUGGAGGAGGAGGUGGUGGAGCUCCUGCCGCAGCCCCUUCUGUCCCAGACACCCAGGCUCCUGGCGGAAACGGGAGUAGAUACUAUGCCCACAAUGACCAACUAAGUGAUCAACUCAGCACUCUUGAAAUCGGUGUCGAGUUUAAGCUGGAUUUACGUGCGGAGGAUUUGAAGGUGGUGAAUGAAUUAGGUGCGGGGAACGGAGGGACUGUUAGCAAAGUCAUCCAUGCUCCAACAAAAGCUUUAAUGGCAAAAAAGGUCAUCCACAUAGACGCUAAGCCGUCGGUUCGGAAGCAGAUCGUUCGCGAACUACACAUCAUGCAGGAAUGUCACUCCCCUUAUAUUGUGUCUUUUUACGGUGCCUUCCUCAAUGAAGGGGAUGUGGUUAUGUGCAUGGAAUACAUGGAUUGCGGAUCUCUUGAUGGUAUCGCUAAAAAGAUUGGCCCGAUUCGCAUCGAUGUUCUUGGAAAGAUCUCGGAGGCCGUUGUGGAAGGAUUAAAUUACCUCUAUAAUGUCCAUCGAAUCUUGCACCGAGAUGUCAAACCCUCAAAUAUCUUGGUCAACUCUCGAGGCUCCAUCAAGCUGUGUGACUUUGGUGUUUCUGGAGAAUUAAUCAACUCGAUCGCCGAUACGUUUGUCGGUACUUCAACUUACAUGUCCCCAGAGCGAAUCAAAGGAGCCAAGUACUCUGUCAAAUCAGAUGUAUGGAGCUUGGGACUGACCCUGUUGGAGUUGGCCAUUGGGAGGUUUCCUUUUGACGCAGACGGUACAAGUGCUGGGACCCGGGCCAGUGCUGGGCCAAUGGGUAUUCUUGAUUUGCUUCAGAAGAUCGUCAACGAGCCUGCGCCCAAAUUGCCAAAAAACAAGGCAUUCCCUCCUAGUUUGGAGAAGAUGAUUGAGCACUGUUUGAUCAAGGAUCCGGAGCAGAGGCCUAGCCCUCAAGAACUUCUGGAAGAAUCAUUUAUGAGGGCGGCCAAGCAGACCAAUGUGGACCUCGAAGCUUGGGCUCAUAUUAUUCUCGACAAACCUCUCAAUCGAUCCUCAAGAUCCUCGCAAUUGAUCAGCCCCGCCCCCGUCCACCGAGAGUCUCCGGCUCCACCGCGUCCAUCAUCACGUGGUCAACACACUCCCGGGAGAAGAACCUCUACUACUGAGCGCAGCUCAAGUGAACGAGGUACUGAAAGAGAACGGUCUGAUCGCGAGCAUCGCGUACCUCCGGCCUCGCUGCAACAGGCACCUUUUCCAACCCGUACAAGCUCGCACGGUCCCGGUUCUGGAAGACUUGAGGAGGUGAACUAUUACUGCUCAGGUGAUUCGUCCAGAGGCAGCCAGUUACCGCAUUCAAGGUCCUCCCGCCAAGCUCAAUACCGAUCGAACACUGAACCUACGGGGCGCUCGGCGUCAGAUCGAAAUGAUAGCAGAGAGAGAUGUGCUCGUGGUCAAGGUAGUGAAAAGGAACGCGAGAGGGGACGCGAACAGGAGUACGUGCAGGGCACAAUUGGGAUCGGAUUUGAGGGCGCACGCCAGCCAGAAAUGAGGGAGAAGAAGAAGCAGCCGCCUGUUGGCAUUAUGAGCUCAGGAGGAGGUCUCUCAUUUGUCGGAUCUGGUAACGCCAUUGGUUCAAGCGGUCCUAAUGGAAUAAGCAGUGGCCAGUAGGACAGGCUCAAAAUCAAGCUUACCAAAUAUUUUGAUCACUAUAUUCAGUAAAUGGGGUUUUUUUGGGGGAGAGGGGUAUUGCCAAAGUUUAUGGUUCCAUCAUGUGUUUUAUUUUUCAUUUUCACACCUUUUUCUUUUCAUUUUCGGAGAUAUCAAAGGGUUCUGCUUGUUACUUCUAACUUUUUCCUCCCUCUCCUCCCCCGUUCUCCGUUUAUUAUUUGUAAGGCGGAUUCACAUGGUACGGUACAGCCGGGAAAUCAUUUCUCAAAACAAAAAAAGAAUUGUCCUGUCACUAUUCCUCUUUUCUCAUGUGAUGGGUUUUUUGUUUGAACUUGCAUUUGGUGGGGUGCCAACGGUUUGUGUCUUUCGCUAUAUUUGAGUUGAGCUCUGUCUUUCUUAUCUUAUGAUAUUUUGAUGUUGAAAUUCCUCCCUAUUCCUUGGACAGGCGGAUGGGAGUGAAGAUAUAGAAUUGAACAGAUACAAGGAGAUGAUGUACCGGUACUGCUAAUGGGAGUGUUGUUGGUAUAGGAAUUUAAUUUACGACCACUA